AUGAAACUUUUAUACGAAACAUUAAAUCAAGCAUCAUUACUCGAUUCAAAUCGUUUGUAUCAUCGUGGUAUUGGAGAAUUCUCACCGCUCGAACCACGUCGAUCAAAUCCACUUGAUCGAUAUCAAGUUGCCGAAGAACAAUGGCAAAUACCUAGUUCGAAACAAGGAACAUCAGACUAUCAUUCAUCAAAUGGUCAAAAUUCACAACAUAAUCAAUCUUAUCAUGAAAAUCGAGAACAUAUCAGUAACAAACAAAAUGAAUCAAAUGUUAAUAUGGAUGAUGAACAAGCAUAUUUGCAAGUUGAUCCACGUUGUUAUGUUCGACAAAAUUCAAAUCUUUCAUUAACGACACAUAGAAAAUCAGAUACACCACGUCUUGAAAAAGGUCAUUCACUUAAUGUUGAUACACGUUCAUCACCAUCAACAACUUCCUUAUCACCUUAUCGUCAAAGUAGUUUUGAUGUUACUUUUGCUUAUCGUUCUCAACCACAACCAUUGAUAUCAUCGCCUGCAUCUUCAACACAACAAGAUAUAUAUUAUACACCACGUGGAUCAAGUCUUUCUGUUGUUGGUAAUCCAUUAACAAAUAUAUCAACAACAUCUCAACAUUUAUCUCCACCUACACCUUCCACAAGUCGAAAAAAUUCUUCUAUUAUUAUUGUUGAGAAAAAAGAUCUUACAGCAACAAUUGAUCCAUUAGAUCAAACUUCAAAAGUACAUUUAUCAGUUGCACAACGAGAUCAAGAAAUUUCUCGAUCACUUGAACAAUCAUCAUUACCAGUUGAACAAAUAUCAUCAUCUAAUUAUACUACAAUUGAUAAACAAUCUCGUAGUUUUGAUGCUGUUCAUCUUUUACGACCUGGUACAAAUCGUGCUGAUGUUGUUAAUCGUCGAACAAAAUCUUAUGAAUAUGCUGAUGAUCAUCGUUCAUUAAUAGCAUCUGUUGCUCCACCACCUAUUGUUAUUAAAAUUCCUGAUAUGACUGAACUUGUUCAAGCAGCUCAAUUAUCUCAAUUAAAAAAUCGAAGAGGAAAUACUGAUAUGGAAGAAUAUCAAAGAAAUACAAGUCGUAAAGCAACUCUUGUUCAACAAAUAAGUAUAAAUGAACACGAUGAUGCAACAACAGCAUCCCAUGAUCUUUGGCGUUUACGUCAAUCAUAUGAACUUGAAGAACAACAAUUCGAUCGAACGUCACCCGAAGAUUUCUCACCAGAUUUAUUGACGUCAACAUCAAUUGAUUCAGCUGGAGCUAUGCCUAUUCAUAAUAGUAAUAAUAAUAAUAGUAUGAUUACUACUGGCGGUAAUGGUGGUGAUGAUGAUCCAUCAAAAUAUCAAUAUCGUCGUAAAAGUUCAUCUAAUCUUUUAUUACCACCACCAGAAGUUCGUCGUCAAGCUCUUCGACGUACAUUUGAGAAACGUCGUAGUUGUAUUAAUCAAUCAAAUAUUCGACGUGAACAACAAUUACUUAAAAAUCAAAAUGAUUUAGAUGAUGAAAAUAAUAAAGAUUCAAUGAUAGAUUUUUCAAGUUUAUUAAAUAAUUUUAAUUCUAAAAGUGAAAAUUCAAGUUUUGAACGAAGUCUUGAAACUGAUUUUGAUAUGCAAUCAGAUACAAGUAGUCGAGGUCCAAAUGAUCAAUUUACAUCAAUUGAAUCAUCCGGAAAUGAAAAUGCUUUACCUGAUGUUAGUUAUCGACGACAACAACAACAGCAGCAACAGCAACAGCAACAACAACAACAAUCACCACCUCAAGAUGAUAGCGGCUAUAAAUCGUUAGAAAGUCAAAAUCGAACAAUUAGUUUAGAUUGGAUGUCACAUGAUGGAGCCGAAAGUGUUAUCUAUAUUGGGGAUCAACGUAUUCAACAAAGGAGUGUUGAUAUUAAAGAUUUGGAUGAUGAUUUAGCUCAACAACAACAACAUCAAAAGCAAAAGCAACAACAACAAACAAAUAACAACCGUUCAAAAAUUCUUCAGAAAGGUCUUCAUCAUUCCUAUCAAGAAGCAUCAACAAAUCUUAUUCCUCCAAAUUCAUCAAAUUCUAAUAUGAUGCAACAACGUAGUUUAUCAACUAAUAUACCACUCGUUCAGAAUCAUAAACCAAAUCGAAUUAAUCUUUUGGUAUUACCAAAUACAGAUCAAGCAAAUUCAAUAAAUAAUAAUAAAAUCGUCUCAUCAGAAUCAUUUAUUCGAACAGCAAGUAAAAGACGACGAGAAUUUGGUAAAGAUAAACGAAAUGUUUCAUCAAAUGUUAUUCCUUCACAUAUGACAUCUGAUGAACAACAAACAAAAGUUUAUCAAAUUAAUGAAACAAAUACGAAACCUCCAUCAUCAUCAUUACAAGUUCGACAUCCUGAUCUUCGUCGAACGAAAUCAGAUGAUGCAAGAAAUUUAAUUGUAGAAAAUCAAGAUGAUUCAUCUACAAAUGAAAUAGCAUUAAAUUCACAUGAAACAAAGUCUGAUACUCAUAUAUCCUCUACGACUAAUGGUAUACUUGUUCCUACUUCAUCUUCAAAUACAACUCAACAACAUCUUUCUCCUAAUAUGAUUAAUACAGUUAAUUCUCGUCAUAUUCUUCAACGUUCACCAUCUUCAACAACAUCAUCAGCUAGAUCUAAUUCGCCAGCAGAAGUAUUUCGUUCUCAACGUGGUUCAAUUUCAUUUGAUACUCAAACACCAUUAAUCAAUCCUUCAAUAUUACCUACAACCAAUAAAACAAAAAUCUUAACAACAUAUUCAAUUCUUCCAACCUGUAUAACUAAACCUCGUCUAAAAUUUAGUAUGGUACGUGAUACAGCUAUGGCUAGUUUUAGUCAUAAUGCACCCGUUUAUUCAAUGCCAAUAGCACGUGAUUAUAGUAUUGAUGAAAAAACAAAUCGUAUUGUUAAUGAAUUUCUUAUGCAUGAUCCAUCAUUAGACAAGAAAAAAAAUACUAAUGAUGAUAUUUCAUAUCGUGGAACACCAAAACGUCAUCAUCAUCGUACACGACAAAAAACACUUGAAGAAACAGUAUCAAUAAAUAACAUACAAAGGCAAUCCCCACAACAACAACAAUCUCGAUCACCAGUUAAUAAACAACGUCAUCAUAGUUCUUUACAGACGAGUAUGCGUAAACAUACUCAUAAUCAAUAUCCAUCUGUACAUCUUCCUGAUAAUAUGGAACAAGAAGAAGAUAGUAGUGAUCCAGCAUUGCCUUCAUUAAAAAUUAAUCAACAAUCAACAGUUACUGUACGACGAGAUAAUAAUCUGACAGUUGAAUCUCCAUCAAUUAUUAUUACUGGUGAUGAUAGUGGCAGUCAAUAA